GCCGCCACCCGGGGGCCGCCUGCUCGAGAUGUGGGACACGGCCUCCAUCGUGCUGCUCGCCACGCAGGGUGACCUGGGCAGUCUGCGCGGCCCGCCGCGGCCGUCCGCGAUGACCGUGCUGCAGACCUUCGGCACCAUGAGCCUGCUCGCGCCCGAGCAGGAGCAGAGCCUGCUGCUCGUCACCGGGGACCAGCUCAUCGAGGUGGUGUCCAAGUCCACCCUGGGCCUGGAGGACUCGGUGAAGCACCCGGCCCUGGCGUCGUCGUCCAACCUGGUGGACUUCGUGCUGGCGGUGUGCGGGCUGCACCUGCCGGGGGCGCCGGCGGCGGCGCGCACCAGCCUGGCCGUGCUGGCGCUCACGCUGUACGAGUGCGUGGCCGAGAACGACCGCCGGCCGGCGUCCAAGGGCAAGGUGGAGAUGGUGAACCGGCUGCUGGUGCAGAAGUUCCAGUCGGCACACACGGUCACCAUGACGGAGCGCGUGACCAACGCCGAGCUGCUGGCCAGGGUGAUGCAGCUCGUCCCCGAGGCCGCGGCCGGCCGCAUCGGGGACGCCGUCAGCAGCGUGUCGCCCAACUCGCCCAACCCCGCCGCCAUCCACAACCGCAAGAUGCGCGAGUGGCGCUCCAUGGACCUGUGCGCCGGCGUGGUGCUCAAGAUGGCCGGCAUGCACCGCAAGGACCGCGAGCCCUUCCGCCUCAAGCAGGUCCUGCCCGUCCUGCCCGUCCUGUCGUCGUGAGUGGCGCUCCAGUUCGUACAGUGCCAACACUUUCGCUAUUUUGAACCCCACGUAGAACCCCGACAAAUUAAAGAUUUUCCCGGAA